AAGUAUUAUGCAACGGAAGAAGUAUAUAUAUUGUAGUCACAACUGAUACAUAUAUAUAGUGAUACAGAGUAGAAAAAUAAAAUAAAAAAAGUGGAGUAAUUAGGCACGAUCAAACAAAGUGAGUGAGGAAGUGCUAGAAAGAAAACACUCCAAACUUCACAGUUGAUGACACCUAAUUAAAUCAAAAUGAACGGCACCGGCGAAAACUCAACUCCGACAACCUUCGAUCACCAUGAAAUCCAGCAAAAUCCCCAAAAUCCCAACCCCCAAAUCCCAAACCCUAACCCUAACCCUAACAAUUUCUCCCACUCAAAUUCCCACCAUUACCAUCACAUUUCUCAGCCCCAACAACAGCAGCAGAGCAACCGCCGUCCUCGAGGCUUCGCCGUCACCGCCGGAAAUUCCUCCGGCAGCAGCGAUGGUAAAGGGAGGAGAGAGAGAGAAAAGGAAAAGGAGCGAACCAAGCUUCGGGAGCGGCAUCGGCGAGCCAUCACGAGCCGCAUGCUCUCCGGUCUCCGGCAAUACGGGAAUUUCCCACUUCCCGCUCGCGCCGACAUGAAUGACGUGCUCGCCGCUCUUGCUCGGGAAGCUGGUUGGAUGGUUGAGCCUGAUGGCACUACUUAUCGAUCUUCUCCUCCUCCUUCUCAGCUGGGAGGGCUUCCUGUUAGGUCUUCUGAAAGUCCCCUUUCUGCUAGUUCUUUGAAGAAUUGCUCCAUGAAAGCAUCAUUAAACUGUCAGCCAGCAGUUCUUGGAAUUGAUGAAAAUUUGUCACCAGCAUCUCUUGAUUCUGUCGUCGUUACAGAGAUGGAAACAAAAAGUGAGAAAUACAGCACGAGCAAUAUUGACUCACCUGAAUCUUUUGAGGCACAUCAGUUGAUACAACAUGUUCAAUCAGACUUUCGCGAGGAUGAUUACUCUGGAACCCCAUGUGUUCCUGUGUAUAUUAAGCUCCAAAGUGGCAUCGUCAACAGUUAUUGCCAGCUUGUUGAUCCUGACGGCAUUAGACAGGAGCUAAAGCAUCUGAAAUCAUUAAAUGUGUAUGGGGUCGUUGUAGACUGUUGGUGGGGAAUUGUUGAAGGAUGGACUCCACAGAAGUACAUGUGGUUGGGAUAUCGGGAGUUGUUUAUGAUCAUCCGAGAAUUUCAGCUAAAAGUGCAGGUUGUGUUGGCCUUUCAUGAGUAUGGAGGAAGCGAUUCUGGUAAUGUUUUCAUCUCACUCCCUCACUGGGUCCUAGAGAUUGGGAAAGACAACCAAGACAUAUUCUUCACAGAUCGCGAAGGACGGAGAAACACUGAAUGUUUAUCAUGGGGCAUUGACAAAGAACGAGUAUUAAGAGGAAGAACUGGUAUCGAGGUUUACUUUGAUUUUAUGAGAAGCUUCCGUUCAGAGUUUGAUGAUAUAUUUGGUGAUGGUCUUAUCACUGCUGUUGAAAUUGGUCUAGGAGCAUCAGGGGAGCUGAAGUUUCCUUCUUUCCCAGAAAGAUUGGGAUGGAGAUAUCCUGGUGUUGGUGAGUUUCAGGCCAUACUGUUGGUGAGUCCUUGCAGAGCAUCUUUCGACUUCUUGCAUUGGUGCCACCGUGCCAGAUACUUGCAACAGAAUUUAAGGAAGGCUGCAAAAUUGCGUGGCCACUCAUUUUGGGCACGGGGCCCUGAUAAUGCAGGGAAUUAUAAUUCAAGGCCACCUGAAACUGGGUUUUUCUGUGAAAAAGGUGAUUAUGAAAGCUACUUUGGACGUUUUUUCUUGAACUGGUAUGCGCAGAUGUUGAUAGACCAUGCUGACAAUGUAUUAUCAUUGGCAAGCCUUGCAUUUGAAGAAACACAGAUUGUUGUUAAGAUUCCAGCAGUCUAUUGGUGGUACAAGACCCCUAGCCAUGCAGCUGAGCUUACCGCAGGGUACUAUAACCCAACAAAUCGGGAUGGAUACUCUCCUGUUUUUGAAGUUCUCAGAAAGCAUUCUGUGACAAUGAAAUUUGUGUGCCCAAGAUCCUAUAUUCAUUGUCGGGAAAAUGAUGAGUCAUCUGCUGAUCCUGAAAGUUUGAGUUGGCAGGUAUUGAAUACAGCCUGGGACUAUGGUUUGACUGUUGCUGGUCAAAAUGGUGAUCCAUGUUUUGACAGGGGAGAACACGUAAAAAUGGUUGAGACUUCAAAGCCAAACAACGAUCCUGACCGUCGCCAUUUUUCAUUCUUUGUGUUUCAGCUACCAUCUCCUUUUGUGCAGAGAACAUAUUGUUUCUCAGAGUUGGACAAUUUCAUCAAAAACAUGCACGGAGAAAAUGGAUGUCAUCAAGAACCUGCUCAAGUCUAGUGUAAGGACUCCUUGAAAUAUGUCUUUUUAAGAUGCCUGAUUUGAACACAACCUAGCAAGCUUUCCUUGGAGCUCCUCCUUUGAAGAUACUUUGCUCGAACACAAGCUAGCUGCUAGCAAGCUGAGAUUUGGUUAGAAAACAUGGUAUGAUCACAGUUGCAAAGUGCUGAUGUAGAAGUGUAGAUCUGAGGUGAUGUGAAACAAUAUUUCAAGGAAUGAAAUUGAAAGUUUUCAAGUACACAAAAGCUAAGUCAGUCUUCUGUUUGGUUGGCCUGAACUAUUUGUGUCUGAAAUUUCUUUUUUCAUACAUGUCUUAUACAUCAUUCUUCAUCCUCCAGUAAUUAGGAGUGUUACAUGACUACAUUCUCUUCAUGAAAUACCAUGAGAAGAUUAACUAUCAACUUCCAUGAUUAAAGGAUCACAAUAAUCUAUAAUUAUAUACGAGUAGGAUUCUUCCCCUUUCUGUAA